CGGCGCGCGCCGCCGAAGAAGCGCCGCAGCUGCCGGAAGUAGAGCGGCGGUGGCCGGGCAGCCUUUCCAAACGUUGUUGCGGGGCAAACGAGAGCUAAAUAAAUAAUGGCCACAGCUCCUGGGGAUGUACCUCUUCCUUCGGAAUCGGGAUUCUCCAAGCUGCAGUUUGCCCCGUUCAGUAGCGCCUUGGAUGCAGGGUUCUGGCAUGAGCUUACCCAGAAAAAGCUCAAUGAAUACAGACUGGACGAGACUCCGAAGGACAUCAAGGGGUACUAUUACAAUGGUGAUUCUGCGGGUUUGCCGGCUCGCUUAACGUUGGAGUUCAGUGCUUUUGAUGUGAAUGCUGCCACUCCAGCUCGCUGCUGUCCAGCAAUUGGAACUUUGUAUAAUACCAACACUUUAGAGUCCUUCAAAACCUGCGAUAAGAAGUUACUUCUGGAAAAAGCAGCAAAUGAGAUUUGGGAAUCUAUCAAAUCGGGGGCUGCACUUGAAAAUCCUGUACUCCUCAACAAGUUCCUCCUCCUGACGUUUUCAGAUCUAAAGAAGUACCACUUUUAUUACUGGUUUUGCUACCCUGCUCUCUGUCUUCCAGAAGGUGUACCUCUCAUUCGACAGCCACUUGGCCUCGGUCAAAGGUUUUCUCCAAGUCAGAUCCAAGCACUCGAGUGUGCAUAUGAUGAUCUUUGCCAGGCAGAAGGAGUCACAGCACUGCCUUAUUUUUUAAUCAAGCAAGAUGGAAACUCUGUGCUGGCCUCCUCACUCAAAAACUGGAAGGCUUUUUUCCAAGAUCAAAGAAAAAAGGUCACAGUUGGAGUUUAUGAUCCCUGCAAUUUAGCUCACUAUCCAGGAUGGCCCUUGCGGAAUUUACUGGUCCUGGCAGCACACAAAUGGAGUAGCCACUUCCAGACAGUUGAAGUUCUCUGCUUCAGAGAUCGGACCAUGCAGGGUGUGAGGGACAUCACCCACAGCAUCAUCUUUGAAGUGAAGCUUCCACAGAUGGCAUUUAGCCCAGACUGCCCAAAAGCUGUUGGGUGGGAAAAAAACCAGAAAGGAAGCAUGGGUCCGAGGAUGGUGAAUCUCAGUGAAUGUAUGGAUCCUAAAAGGUUAGCGGAGUCCUCAGUGGAUCUGAAUCUUAAACUGAUGUGCUGGCGCUUGGUACCAACUUUAGACUUGGAGAAAGUCGUGUCUGUUAAGUGCCUUCUACUAGGAGCUGGUACACUGGGCUGCAGUGUAGCUAGAACCUUAAUGGGCUGGGGAGUCAGGCACAUCACCUUUGUGGACAAUGCCAAGAUCUCCUAUUCGAAUCCUGUAAGGCAGCCUCUGUAUGAAUUUGAAGAUUGUCUUGGUGGAGGAAAGCCCAAGGCCCUUGCCGCAGCAAAUCGACUCCAGAAAAUAUUCCCAGGUGUGAAUGCCAGAGGCUUUAACAUGAGCAUUCCCAUGCCGGGGCACCCUGUGAACUUCUCCAACGUAACCAUGGAGCAAGCUCGGAAGGAUGUGGAGCAACUGGAGAGGCUCAUCGAGGGCCAUGAUGUUAUUUUCCUCUUGAUGGACACCAGAGAAAGCCGGUGGCUUCCUGCUGUUAUUGCGGCAAGCAAAAGGAAGUUGGUCAUCAAUGCCGCUUUGGGUUUUGACACAUUCGUCGUCAUGAGGCAUGGCCUGAAGAAACCGAAAGAGCAGAGUAUUGGGAAUGAAGGCCUCACCCAGCCUUCCGGCUCUGCUGAUCUCCUGGGUUCAUCACUCUUUUCCAACAUCCCUGGCUACAAACUUGGCUGCUACUUUUGCAAUGAUGUGGUGGCACCUGGAGAUUCAACCAGAGACCGGACCCUGGACCAACAGUGUACAGUCAGCCGGCCAGGAUUAGCCAUGAUCGCUGGAGCCCUGGCAGUAGAGCUGAUGGUUUCUGUUUUACAACAUCCAGAGGGGGGCUAUGCUGUUGCUAGUAGCAGUGAUGACCGCAUGAAUGAACCUCCCACUUCGCUCGGACUUGUGCCCCAUCAGAUACGAGGAUUUCUGUCCCGAUUUGAUAACGUCCUUCCCGUCAGCCUGGCCUUUGACAAGUGUACUGCCUGUUCUUCCAAAAUUCUUGAUCAGUAUGAACGAGAGGGAUUUCAUUUCCUGGCGAAGGUGUUUAAUUCCUCACAUUCCUUCUUAGAAGACCUGACUGGUCUCACUUUGUUACAUCAAGAGACUCAAGCUGCAGAGGUCCCGGAGAAGAGAGGCGUCAAAAGCGCCUGGCUUGUAGCAUCCGGCCCGGAGAGUAGAGAUGAUAUCUGGGACAUGAGUGACGACGAGACUGUCUGAAGGUCAUGGGGAAGGAAUGUGUGGCGACCAACUACGAGCUACCAACCAGCUGACCCGAUAACCAGCACCCUGUCUCGGACUUGAGAUUGAGUGGCUGGUUGGUCUCCACUCAACGAUGGGCUCCCCCAUGGGGCCCCCAACUUCUUCGCAUCAGAUCCGACCCUCUUGAGGCUAGGCCGGGGUCUUGUGCAGCAGCAGCUAUCCUACUGUCUCUUUCCUUCCUCUCUGACUGACCCCCCCCCCCCCCGCCCCCCGAGACUGGGGAUUUUCCUCCCUCCCAUUUCUCACUUUCCUGUCAGCCCAGAGCUAAGUGCUUCCAUGGUUUUGGCCUGGUCCCGGGAAGGAACUGGACCCCUGCAUCUCCCCUUUCUCUUGCCUGGGUGAGAACGGGCAGUUCAGGGCCCAGGGGUGGGUGGCCCGAAGCCGGGAUCUCCAUGUGCGAGCACCCUAAGGGCUCCAGAGGAAAGGUCGUCAGAGGACGCCCCACCCUGUGCUCCAGAGUGAUUCCUCACCCUUUGCCCUAAGCCUUCUCCCACUUCCAGGACCUCCAGAAAUUUGGAUUGACAUCGGGAAGGAAAAUACCAGCACUGUUGCUUCUUCCACGUGUUUCAGGCCAGGUCCCGGUGGCCUGUCCUCCAUCCACAGCCCCAGGGUUCUCAGAACCCAGACUUCGGAAUUCUGGGAACCAACUAGGAGGAAGAGUCACCUGAGAAAGAGAUUGGUCCCUUUCGGGGAGAGAGGCCACGGGGUUCUAUCUGGCAGGACAAGAACUUCACUCAACCGUUCUCCCCCACGCACACCCCCACCGCCUCCCCUGAACCGUCUGUCUCCGUAGCAUGAGACAGCCCAGCUCAGGGUUGCCGGAGAAGUCGUCUCAGGGUCUAGGAUUCCCACUCUAUCAAUGGGAGCCCGGAUUGGGUUGGGGUGGGGGCGGGGGAUGGCCCAAGCAAGCGGGAGAGGGCAGGGGCUGCAACCUCUGCCCCACCCAGAGGCACAGGGUCAUCUCAUUCUUGGGAGGCAAGGUGCCCUCCCUCUUCCCUGCCACCCUUUCCACCGAUCACUAUUGGAGGGUUUUGUCAACCUGCUGCCUUGUAUGCAGCCUGCUGUAUAGGCCUCUCCAGGAAGACCCAAGUCCGGUCCAGUUCCUUGCCGCCGGCCCCCGUCGCUCACCCGUUCCCUCCUCCUCGCGACCUCCUGUCUUUGAGGGAAGCUGCAGGCGGGCCAACCAGGCGUCCUCACCCUUUUGUGAGUUGCCAAGAGGAGGCACCGCGCUCAGGCGGGGCCCUGGGAGGGAUGGGCUCGGCAGGCUGCCAAGCCAACUCUGGGAGAGAGCGCCUGAAAAAAGACAGUUGCUCUCUCUGUGCAUGAGAAAGCAAAGACCCCUGAUUAGCUAUCAAACUGGGUUUGAGGGGGAGUUUUCCGAUUCUGGGACUUCUCUUCCCAGAACCCACUAUCUGCUGUGGGACUUUCCCAGGCCGUCACUGGGUGGCAAAAGCUGCCCCAGCCCCAGCCCCAGCCUCUGCCCCGUCCCUGCCUAAGUGUCCCUGCCUCGAGGGGCUUCAGCUCUUGCCCUUGCCCCCUCCUCAGCCUCGGCUCUUGCUCUUGCCCCCGCCUCUGCCUCGGCUCUCGCCCUUCGCCCCGCCUCAGCCUCAGCUUCUGCCCCUGCCCGGCUCCUGCCUCAACCUCAGCUUCUGUCCCUGUCCCAGCCUCUGUCCCUGCCCCGUCCCUGCCUCUCUGCCCCUACCUCACCUCCUGCUUCUGCUCCUAACCCCUCCUCUGCCCCAGCCCCUGCCUCAGCCCCGCCUCAGCUCUUGCUCCUGCCUCAGUCCCUGCCCAGCCUCAGCUCCUGCCUCUGCCCCAGCCCCCGCUUCAGACUCAGCUCCUAUUUCAGCCUCAGUUCCUGCUCUGCUCCUACCCCUCCCGCUGUCCCUGUCUCUGCCUCAGCUCUUGUCCUUGCCCUUGUCCCUGCCUCAGCUCCUGCCCCUGUGCCAUUCUCACUGCUUCAGCUCCUGCCCCUGCCCCAGCCUCAGCUCCUUUCCCAGCCCCAGUCUCAGCCACAGCCUCUGCCCUUACCCCUACCUCAGCCCCAGCUGAGUGGUCUGUCAGGUCUGUAGCCACCAAACAAAACCCAAGAGUCAUGUUUGAGUCGGAUCCUCACAUGCCCACUUCACGGGUCCCAAAGCUGGAAGCUCUGCCUCCACACGCCCAGAGGCCGAGGCCAAAUUGCAUUUGUGCUCCUCUCUGAGCUCGGCAUACAUAGAUGGGCCGGCUGGCCGGCGGACUGCCCCCUGGCCUGGCUGGGGUGUGUACUAGAGCCCAGCUGGGCACGGCCAAUGCUCUCCUCCCUGCUUCCUUUGUGCUCUCCGGUGUUCUGCUUGCUCUCUUGUCCUUUUCCAAAAGCCAACGCUCCGGUCUCUGCCUCUAGAGGGUUUCUGAGAGGCGGGUGGAGUGUCGGGGGCUCUGACAGUGAAUGAAAUUGUUUAUUAAAAGUCUAAUGGCGUGGUGUAGAGAAA